CAUUACACAAAACAAAAAGAUUUUAUUUAAAAAAUAAAUAAUAAGAAUGAAGUCAAGAACAAUAUAUUUGAUAGGGAUUCUGCUUCUAAUUUCACUUUGUUUAAAGGCAGGCUAUGCAAAAGAAGAAAAAGAUGAUGAUGAGAAUAAUAAGAAAAAGAAUAAGAAAGGAGUAACAUACGAUGGAACUUCGUUAAUUAUAAAUGGAAAAAGAGAGCUUCUGUACUCAGGCUCUGUUCAUUACCCUCGAAGCACACCAGAUAUGUGGCCCAGUAUAAUAGAAAAAGCUAGAGUUGGGAGACUAAACACUAUUCAAACUUAUGUUUUCUGGAAUGUGCAUGAGCCUGAACAAGGAAAGUGGGAUUUCAAAGGGAGGUUCGAUCUUGUGAAGUUCAUCAAGCUGAUCCAUGAGAAAGGUCUCUAUGUUACUAUCAGACUUGGACCCUUUAUCCAAGCCGAAUGGAACCACGGAGGGUUGCCGGUUUGGCUACGCGAGGUCCCGGAUGUUUACUUCCGUACAGAUAAUGAACCUUUCAAGGAGCACACAGAGAGAUAUGUGAGGAAAAUACUUGGGAUAUUGAAAGAAGAGAAGCUGUUCGCUUCACAAGGAGGUCCCAUCAUCUUAGGACAGAUAGAGAACGAGUACAAUGCGGUAAGGUUAGCAUACAAGGAGAAUGGAGAGAGAUAUAUAAAAUGGGCAGCGAAUUUGGUGGAGUCGAUGAAUCUUGGAAUCCCAUGGGUUAUGUGCAAACAAGACAAUGCUCCUGGCAAUAUUAUUAAUGCUUGUAAUGGAAGGCAUUGCGGAGACACUUUCCCUGGACCAAAAAGACCCGAUAUGCCUUCCCUUUGGACCGAGAACUGGACUACUCAGUUUCGAGUUUUUGGGGAUCCUACAACAAAUAGAAGAUCGGAGGAUAUUGCCUUCGCAGUUUCUAGAUUCUUCUCUAAGAAUGGAUCUCAUGUCAACUACUACAUGUACCAUGGUGGAACCAACUUCGGACGCACGUCUGCUCAUUUCGUUACCACUCGUUACUACGACCAUGCCCCACUUGACGAAUACGGUAUGGAGAAGGAUCCCAAAUACGGUCACCUGAAACAUGUGCACAGAGCACUUGAACUGUGCAAGAAGGCACUCUUGUGGGGUCACCCUCGUUUCCAGAAACUUGGUCCCGACACCGAGGUUAGGUACUACGAGCAGCCAGGGACAAAUGUCUGUGCGGCUUUCUUAGCGAACAACAACACAAGAGAACCCAAUACUGUCAAAUUCAAAGGUCAGAAGUUCGUUUUACCGUCUCGUUCCAUCAGCAUAUUACCUGACUGUAAAACCGUCGUCUACAACACUGCGCAGAUAGUGGCACAGCACAGUUGGAGAAAUUUUGUAAAAUCGGAGAAGAGCAGCAAAGGUCUAAAGUUUGACAUGUAUAGUGAGAAUGUUCCUUCCAAACUCGAAGGUGAUACCUUGAUUCCUGGGGAGCUUUAUUACUUAACCAAGGACAAAACUGAUUAUGCUUGGUACACCACCAGCAUAAAGAUUAAAGAAGAUGACUUGCCAGACAAGAAAGGUGUUAAGACUAUACUGAGAGUAGCGAGUCUUGGUCACGCGGCUAUCGUUUACGUUAAUGGAGAAUACGUAGGGAAUAAGCAUGGAAGCCAUGAAAUGAAGAGCUUCGUAUUCAAAAAACCGGUUAAACUUAAACCUGGAGAUAACCACAUUUCUAUCUUGGGUGUACUAACCGGAUUCCCUGACAGCGGAUCAUACAUGGAGAAGAGGUUUGCGGGUCCACGUGGUGCUUCCAUCAUCGGUUUGAAGUCGGGAGAGCGUGAUUUAACCGAGAACAAUCACUGGGGACAUCUGGCGGGUUUAGAAGGUGAAAAGAAAGAGGUGUACACAGAACAAGGAUCCAAGAAAGUCAAAUGGGUGAAAAACGGCGAACGCAAGCCUCUUACGUGGUACAAGACUUACUUUGAGACACCAGAGGGAGAGAACACGGUUGCGAUUAGGAUGAACGGAAUGGGAAAAGGAUUGAUUUGGGUGAACGGGAUUGGGAUAGGCAGAUACUGGAUGUCUUUCCUUUCUCCUACUGGACAGCCAACUCAAUCCGAGUAUCAUAUACCAAGAACUUUCAUGAAGAAAAAGGAGAAGAAUAUGCUUGUCAUUUUCGAAGAAGAACCAGGGGUGAAACUUGAAGCUAUUGAUUUUGUGUUAGUGAAUAGAGACACGAUAUGUAGUUUUGUAGAAGAGAAUUAUCCAGCUUCAGUGAAAUAUUGGAAGAGACAGGGGCCUAAUAUAGUUCCAAGAAACAAAGAUAUGAGGUUGAAGUCGCUCAUCAAAUGUCCACCUGGGAAACAGAUUGUUUCCGUAGAAUUUGCAAGUUUUGGAGAUCCCACAGGAUCUUGUGGAAAUUUCACAAUGGGAAAGUGCUCUGCAUCCAAGUCCAAAGAAGUGGUGGAAAAGAAAUGUUUGGGAAAGAGCCGUUGUUCAAUAGUAGUAGAAAGAGAGACAUUUGAAGACAAAAAGUGUCAAGAUAUAGUUAAGACGCUGGCAGUGCAAGUGAAGUGUGAGAAGAAACAGGGAAAUGAGCAGAAACAUAAGAGAGAAGAUGCUGAAGAGGAAGACGAUGAUGAAGAAGAAGAAGAAGAAGAAGAAAAGGAAAGAGAGGGAAACAAUCAAGAUUUAAAAGAUAGGGAAAAGCGAAAACAAGAUCAUUAAACAAGAGCUGGUAUCUAUCUAAAUAAAAUUUCACUUUGUGAAGCAAGCAUGAAAUGUUGAGUGUUGACAUAGUAUGGUGGUCCAAUUUAUUAGAAAGAAUUGUUUUCUUCUAUUUAUAUUUUAUAGCUUGUGUUUUUGUUUCUUUUGUUGGCGUCUCUAUUUUGUUUCUGCGUAGUGUGACUAGCUAUUAGGUAUAAGCCUUUUCGUUUUAAAGAAUGAAGAGCCUCUAACUCUGAAAUUGAAGACAGUUCUUGCUCAAGAACCAUAAUACCACAAUUGUUUCUUGAUUAGUCAA